CGUUAAUGAGGUGGGUAUCAAUUUGUUAUGGUGGCGGGGGGAGCGAGCUGGGGGAGGAAAGGAAGGGAAGGAGGAGGAGGAGUUCCCUCUGCGAGUGCCGAAGCCCUCAGCUCUGCAUUCCGGCGGAGCUUUCAGGCACACACCGACCGCAGCGCAGUCCCGGGCCGAAAGCCUUCCUGUGAGCUCAGAGAGAAGAGCUGAAGGGAAAAGUUGCACCGCGCGUGGUUCCCGCAGUUCUUCCUUCUUUGACGCGUUUGUUUUUCGGAGCUGUGGUGGAAUGGUUCACUUUUCGUCACACAGCAGUCUGAACUGUGCGAGAAGGCGCCUUAUGUCUUUCUAAGGUACAAGUCUCCCUUUGUCUAAGUAUUGCUACUACUACGUUCUGUGCACCAUGGUGAUCAUGACAGACACCAGCAGGGCUGCUCAGCCCAGCCCUGCGCAGGGGAGGCCACUCCAGGUCGGCUUCUAUGAGAUCAUCCGCACCCUGGGGAAAGGAAACUUUGCAGUGGUGAAACUGGCCAAGCACAAAGUCACCAAAACACAGGUGGCAAUAAAGAUCAUUGAUAAGACCAGACUGAGCCCCUCUAACCUGGAGAAAAUUUACAGAGAGGUGCAGAUAAUGAAGCUGCUGAACCAUCCCCAUAUCAUCAAGCUCUACCAGGUCAUGGAGACCAAAGACAUGCUGUAUAUUGUCACAGAGUAUGCAAAGAACGGAGAGAUGUUCGACCACCUGACCUCAAACGGCCGCAUGAGUGAAGACGAGGCGCGGAAGAAGUUCUGGCAGAUCCUCACGGCCGUGGACUACUGCCACCGGCAUCACAUCGUUCACCGCGACCUCAAAACCGAGAACCUGCUGCUGGAUGCCAACAUGAACAUCAAACUGGCCGACUUUGGAUUUGGGAACUUCUACAACGCAGGGGAGCCUCUGUCUACGUGGUGCGGCAGCCCGCCUUACGCCGCUCCCGAAGUGUUUGAGGGGAAAGAGUAUGAGGGCCCACAGCUUGACAUUUGGAGCCUCGGCGUAGUGCUUUACGUUCUGGUCUGCGGCUCUCUUCCGUUCGAUGCACCCAGCCUUCCCGCUCUCAGACAGAGAGUCACAGAGGGGCGAUUCAGGAUUCCCUUCUUCAUGUCCCAAGACUGUGAAAAUCUGAUCCGUAAGAUGCUAGUGGUGGACCCGGCCAAAAGGAUCAGCGUAACCCAGAUCAAGCAGCACCGCUGGAUGCUGGCCGACCCGUCGGCUGCCCACCAGACCCUCAGCCAUUCCCUCACAGAGUACAACUCCAACCUGGGCGAUUACAGCGAACCGGUGCUGGGCAUCAUGAACACGCUGGGCAUCGAUCGCCAGAGGACAAUUGAGUCUCUGCAGAGCAGCAGCUAUAAUCACUUUUCCGCCAUCUACUACCUGCUGCUGGAGCGAGUGCAAGAGCAUCGCGCUCAGCAGCUGAGUCGUCAGUGUGGGACCUGGAGCCAGAGACCCCGCAGCACGUCCGACACCACCUGCCCAGAGGUCAUCAUGGAGUCCAGUGAGAGUUUUAGAUCUACUCGUUUCUCACUCCCAUCCAAAAACACUCCUCCUGUGUACUCCGAGGUGGAGUGCGACCAAGGUGGACUAUUCCAGCGGGUGGUGUUCCCGGUGGAGGCCAGCCUGAACAGACUCCUCUGGAACCGCUCCAUCUCACCCAACAGCCUGCUGGAGACCAGCAUCAGCGAGGAGGUGCGUCCCAGGGACCUGGAGGAGGAGGAGGCCACGCAGAGCCUCGGGCCCUUGCUUCCGCCCACAACAUCCCGCAGACACACUCUGGCCGAGGUCUCCGCCCGUUUCCACCAGUGCAACCCUCCUUGUAUUGUGGUGAGUCCCUCAGACGGAGCGUCGUCAGACAGCUGUCUGAAGUCCUCAUCCAGUCCCGCUCCCACGCUGCAGUCUGCUGUGGGGGAGAUAUCAACACUUCUGGCCUCCAGGGCUGAAGGUGGAGCUGGGCUUCCUGCCGGAGCUCCUCUGGCUCUCUCCUCCCACCUGGUGCCCCAAGCUCAGAGCAGCCUGCCUGCUGUCAGCUUCCAGGAAGGCCGCAGGGCCUCCGACACCUCCCUCACACAAGGCCUCAAAGCUUUCCGCCAGCAGCUGAGGAAAAACACGCGCACCAAAGGCCUUCUGGGGUUGAAUAAGAUCAAAGGUCUGACCAGGCCGGUCGUUCCCCCGCCAACCUCCAACCGCGGCAGCCGAGGCUCCCUCGGCCCGGCCUUCUCCGAGCAUCGCAGCAUGCUGGAGGAGGUGCUGCACCAGCAAAGGAUGCUGCAGAUUCAGCACCAACCUCAACCCCAGGUCCAGGCCCCCCAGACCGGACCUACCCAGAACCCCCUGCUCUUCCUGGCCCAGCAGCAGUCACCCUCUCCUCCACCCACAUCCACGUUUUCCCCUUCCUCCAUCUUUGAUGCUCCCGCCGUCCAGCCCGCCCUGCCUCCUCCUCCUCGGCAGCCGGCUCCGGCGGGCCUCUGGCAUCAAACCUUGGAGAGCCCCUCCUUCUCUGGCUGCUCCUCGCCCACGUCCAGCUGCUACUCCUCCUCUCUGUCCCCCGUGGCCUCCGCCGCCUACCUGCUCGAGGCGCGCCUGCACAUCAGCCAGCAGCCCCAGCCCCUCCCCUUCGCCGUCCUGCAGCAGCCUCAUUCCGCAGCGCAGGGCCCCUUCCCCGUCCCGUCCAAGCUGGCCGUGUGGGGCGUGGGCCCGGCCUCCAGCGCCGAUCCUGGCAUGCAGGAGCUGGGCCUGGCCGGACAGCAGCAGCUCAGCAGCUGCGUGAUGGUGAAAUAAAACGGAGGACUGUCCCCAGGAAACAGCAGAGCACAACUGAGCGAAAGAAAUAAAAAGUUGAUGCAAGCGACAAACUGGCA